CAAUCAUCAAUUACCUUUUACUGGACUGGCUGUGGGAUGCCUCUGGGAAUGCGCGUUCGGUACACGACUGAAGGGGGCUGGGAAUCGUUUGUUCAUCUGUGCUCGUGCAACAUGACGGACCUCCGUGAGUGAGCGACACGGCUAGUUGAGUACUUGUUGGGACCUCUUUAUCAUGCAGCGGGAUGUUCCCAGAGACCAGAGCCGUGGUAUUAAUGCCCUGCUCCCCCUUUGUCUUGAUAAAUUCUCCAUAUUUGCAUCUUCCUCCGUUGGUCAAUAACAAUAGACGCCGAAGAUGAAGGCAUUCUCUUCAUCAAUCCUCGCGGCUUUUAGCCUUGCCCGCACAGCCUUCUCUCUUGCAACAUAUAGCGCAGUCUCAGGGGGACCAUCCUUCUCCGUUGGCCUUCCUUUAGAUAGCACAAUCUCUUCCACGUCAGCGGGGACAGUCUAUUUCUCCCUGCAAGCACCAAGUACGUACCAAUGGGUCGGACUCGGCAUCGGGUCCCAGAUGUCCGGAGCGACAAUCUUCGUCAUGUAUUCUGAUGGCAACGGGAACGUGACGAUAAGUCCCAGAGAUGGGAAAGGUCAUGUUCAGCCGGACUUUAACAGCACUCGUAUGUCGGGGGUGACCCUAUUGGAGGGAAGUGGGAUCUCUGGGGGAAUGAUGACGGCGAAUGUCAAAUGCACGACAUGCCAACUCGACUCCACCUCCACCUCUACUCAAUCCCCAUGGAUCGCUGCCUGGAGGUCGAGCGGCUCCGCCAUAGACAGCACGUCGGAAUCGUAUUCCAUCCAACAGCACGACUACGGUUCGACCCGCCAGUUCACGUUCGACCUCACUACUGCUUCAAUCCCCUCCGACUCCAACCCCUUCAUCUCCUCGACCGGAUCUAGUAAUUCGGGAGGCGCCAGCGGAAGCAGCAGUGCGGCGCCGACCGCGUCUAGCAAUUCGGGGGGCGUCUCCAGCGGAAGCAGCAGUGAGAUACCACCGGAAAUUUUGAAUAACUUCAUGAGGAUUCCCAACUACCAGAAAGCGCACGGUGUGAUCAUGGGCCUGACCGUCGCGCUCCUAUUCCCACUCGGCGCCCUCGCCAUGCGCGUCGUCGGAUCGCCUGUCCUGCACAGCCUGAUCCAGAUCAUCAGUACCUGCACCCUGAUUGCUGGGUUCGGGCUCGGUGUCAAACUCGCGCAGAUGACCGACCUUCUCUACAAAUCCCCCGGCCGCGCACACACCAUCUUCGGCACGCUCAUCACCGUGCUCUUCCUCCUGCAGCCCCUCGGCGGCCUGCUGCACCACCGACUAUACCUCCAAACGGGCGGGCGCACACCAGUCUCGCAUCUGCACAUCUGGCUCGGGCGCGCAGCACUCAUCUGCGGGAUCAUCAACGGCGGGCUGGGCUUGAAACUGUCGCAGAACACGACGGGUGGAGAGAUCGCAUUCGGCGUGGUGGCAGGGGUGAUGAUGCUGGUGUAUGCGCUGAGUGUGCUGCUCAAGAGGAAGGGAGCGAGGGGGCAGAAGGCAAGGGGGGAGAAGACAAGGAGGGCUGGGAAGUGGGAGAGAGAGGAGAGGAUGAUUGAGAGGGAUGCGGGGAGUAGUAGGUCUCGUAGGUAAGGUAAGUGAGAAGGAACGGGG